AUGAAAGACGCCGCCGGGUGCAGCUCGCCGGUCCUAGCGUCGAGCUGCAGUCGUCCUGGCGAGUUGACGCUCAACUUCCCGCAGGAUGAAUACUCAUUAAUGUUCCCGCCGUCUCCAGAACACUCGCCGGGCAGCAGCAGCUGCAAUAGCUGGGCUUCUGGGGCUGCGUCGCCCACGCCCAGCGCCAAGAGCUCCUCGAGCGUGAGCGCGGGCGACAACAGCUCCGGCACCAAGACCAAGAAGAAGUGGAUGCGCAAGGAGAAGAUUGGCCAAGGCGCCCAGGGCUCCAUCUACCGAUGUGAAGAAACGAAGACUGGGCGAGAGGUGGCUGUGAAGGUCAUCUGGACGCGGGAGUUGCCCCCUCCAGCAGUGGAAGCGGUCAAAAGAGAGGUGAAGACCAUGAAACGACUGAGACACAGACAUUUGGUGCGCUAUCUGCAAGCUACGGAGAAGAAGCAGAGCGAGCUGCGGAUAUACAUGGAGUACGCGGCCGGCGGCUCGCUCAGUUCACGCUUGUCCCGUUCCGGCGCUCUACCGUUGAUGCUAGUCAAACGAUACACCCGUCAGCUGUGUGAGGCUCUGCAGUAUUUGCACCAGAACGGGAUCGCCCACCGUGAUAUUAAGUGCGCGAACAUCCUGCUCACCGCUCCUAGUGGCAGUGACGAUGACGGAUCUCGUGCAGACGUCAAGCUGGGAGACUUUGGCACGUUCAAAGUCGUUGGCUGCGCUUCACUCGUUGGGGGCCUUAAAGGAACCCCUCAUUGGAUGGCACCCGAAGUGAUCCGGCAGCAGAACAUGGAGGAUGACGGCGACCAUGAACGAUGGUUCCGUGCCGACGUGUGGAGUCUUGGUUGUGCUGUGCUAGAAAUGAUCACGGGCCACUCGCCAUGGCAGCAAUACAGCAACCCGCUCACCGCCAUGUACCAGAUCGUAUCGAGUGAGAAUACUCCAACAAUUCCGCCCGAUGUUUCGGAAGAGACCGCAUCAUUCCUAAAGCUCUGCCUGCAACGCAAUCCGGAGCACCGCGCAACAAUCACGCAGCUUUUAGCUCACCCGUUCGUACGAAAUGCCGCUGACAACUCGAGCAAAAUGAAAGGUAGAAGCUCAAAACACCGCGUCAAGCGGCUUGGAGAAACAAAAUCCAGCAACGUCACUGCAGUUUGCAACCAGCUCAGCUCGCACUCGUUGCCCCCAACACCGAAGAGAUCAAAUUCAGGACUUGGAAAGGAUUUGGCCCCGGAGCCUGAGCCGCACGAGGACUCGUCGACGCAUUCGCACAUGGAGAGUCCUGGCAGAUUCAAGGCUGCAAACUUGAAGCCGAUGCCACCGCAGAUGUCGCUGCAUGACGAUAUCAAGAGGAAUCUGCAGCCGCCAGCCCUUCAGUACGCUCGAUUAAACGUUGUAGGGUCCCCUGACACAGCAUCCCCAGCAAAACUUCGACUGCCUCGAACUCCCAGGUAA